UGACUUCCUGCAGAGCCAGAGUCAGCACCCCUGCUGACAUACUUGCCUGGACAGUGUUAGAUUACUCCCAGGGUAAAGUAAAUCAGCACUGCUAUUUGCUGAGAAAAUUCCUAGGUUGAGCUGCAAUCCUUUAAGAAGUCUCUGAAGGAAGAGGAGAUCUUUUGAGAACUAUUGUCAUCAACUCUUUGAUAUUGGAUGAUCAAUGCUCCAAAGAAUUGGAUUAAUAUUUUUACACAACAUUGUUGUGGUCAGUAACUAUUUCUAUUUCCAGGCAUUUUUAGAUGAAUUCACUAAAUGGUCAAGAAUAAAUCCCGACAAGGCCAGGAUUACCACGGCUGGAGAUACCCAAGGUGUGGUCGGGACUGUCUCUAAGCCUUAUUUCACAGCAUAUGAAAUAAAAAUUGGUGCAAUUACUUUUCAGGUUGCUACCGGAAAUAUAAUCACUGAACAGGUAGAUGUUAUUGUAAACUCAACAACAAGGACAUUUAAUCUGAAAUCAGGUGUGUCAAAAGCUAUUUUAGAAGGUGCUGGACAAGCUGUGGAAAAUGAAUGUGCUGUACUAGCUGCACAGCCACACAGAGAUUUUAUAAUUACACAAGGUGGACACUUAAAGUGCAAAAUAAUAAUUCAUGUUGUUGGGAAAAAUGAUGUCAGGAAAACAGUCACCAGUGUUCUAGAAGAGUGUGAACAGAGGAAGUACACAUCAGUUUCCCUUCCAGCCAUCGGAACAGGAAAUGCUGGAAAAAAUCCAACCACAGUUGCUGAUAACAUAAUCGAUGCUAUUGUAGACUUCUCAUUGCAGCGUUCCACCCCAUCAUUAAAAACCGUUAAAGUUGUCAUCUUUCAACCUAAGCUGCUAAAUGUAUUCUACGACAGCAUGAAAAGAGACCUCUCCGCAUCACCGAACUUUCAAUCCACAUUCUCCAUGACUACAAAUAAUCUUCCUGAACACUGGACUGACAUGAAUCAUCAGCUGUUUCGCAUGGUCCAGCUAGACCCAGGACAACCAGAAUAUAAUACCAUAAAGGACAAGUUCACCCAAACUUGUUCUUCCUACACAAUAGAGAAGAUUGAGAGGAUACAGAAUGCAUUUCUCUGGCAGAGCUACCAGGUAAAGAAAAGGCAAAUGGAUAUCAAGAAUGAUGAUACAAAUAAUGAGAGACUCCUCUUCCAUGGGACAGAUGCAGACUCAGUGACAUAUGUCAAUCAGCAUGGCUUUAAUCGAAGUUAUGCUGGGAAGAAUGCUGUAUUCUAUGGAAAAGGAACCUAUUUUGCUGUGGAUGCCAGUUAUUCUGCCAACGACACCUACUCCAAGCCGGACAGCAAUGGGAGAAAGCACAUGUACGUUGUGCGAGUACUUACUGGAGUCUUCACAAAGGGACAUGCAGGAUUAGUUACCCCUCCACCCAAGAAUCCUCACAAUCCCACAGAUCUCUUUGACUCGGUGACAAACAAUACACAAUCUCCAAAGCUAUUUGUGAUAUUCUUUGAUAAUCAGGCUUACCCAGAAUAUCUCAUAACUUUCAGGCGUUAAAAAUAUUUUUAUCAUCAAAGAGAUUAUUUAAGUCAUCUGUGAGAACAACAUGCAAUCUUCGUCUUUGCUUUUGGCCUGUUUAAGCAGACAAAAGUUUCCCUUUCAGGUGCUAAAAUGCUGAAAAUUACCUUUUUAAAAUGCUCUAUUGCUGCAAUUUGUAGCAUACCUUUUUUUCUCAGCAAAUUGAUGGGUGGAAGCUAGGAAAUGUAUGGUAAAUGUCACAGUUAGAGCUACAGCUAUUCACAGACACCAAAUCUGUAGGAGAAUAAAAAGCACAUUAUUCUUUUUCCAUCAGAAAAAAAAAAACAAGAUACAUCACCUUAAAGCCCAGAUGACACUGUUCUACUUGGAACAUAUUAAGACAUUGAAUGGUGGCGGGUUAAACUGUACUACUUAAGUGGAGAGGCUACUGUUAUGCAUCUGUAACAGCUGGGGAUUUUGCCUUAUUAAGAAAAACCUGUCGAUAGUUCAGCUGAAAUGACUGGAUCACAGAAUAUUAACUCUGUUAUGGAACAAAUCAUAACAGAUUUUACCCGUUUACAUUUCAGGUAAAAAUGUGUAAAAAUAUUAUCCCCAAUUUUAGUGACUUAAUCCCACACAGUCUUUGUUGGUCCGGAGUUCAGGUAUGGCCUACCUGGUCAUUCUGCUAGGGUCUCUCUGAAGUUACAGACAAGAUGUCAGGGGAUGUGGUCAUUUGAAGGCUUGUCUGGGCUGGAGGUCUAUUUCCAAGGUGAAUCACUCACAGGUAUUGGCAGUCCUCAGUUCCUCUCCUCACGGGCCUCUCCACAGGCUGCUUGAGUGUCCUCAUGACACAAGAGCUGGCUUACUCCAGAGUGAGCAACUCAAGAGAGAGCAAGGCAGAAGCUACCAAGUCUUUAUGAUUGAAGUCAUACACCAUCUUUUCCGCAGUAUCCUAUUGAUUAUUUGGAUCAUCUUGUUCAACCUGGGAGGGAAUUGCACAAGAACAUGAAUACACAUUGGCAAAGAUCACUGGGGGCCAGCUUGGAAGCUGUGUGAAUGAGCAAAUGAAUGCACAGAUAGAAUGUUAGCAGCCAAAAUGAUGCUAGAGGUCACCUACCCCACUGUCCUCUUGUCUUUCUCCCCCAACCCUCCCCUGCUCCCAGGCAAGAAGCCCUCUAGCCUCUGCUUGAUCACUUUCAGCACUCAACAUCUUGAGGGAACCUAUUCCACUGUGGGACAGUGUUAAUUAGUGGAAAACUCUUUUUUUCAAAAGUUGAAAUCAGUUCCUCUAUGUCUAUUACCUGCUGAUCACUGUCCAGACUUCUGGAGGACACAGAACAAGUUUUAUUCCUCUUACCGAUGGUAGCCUUUCAGAUCCAUCCCUUCCCUCCAGUAUAUUAGAGUGAUGUAAAUUCUUAAAAUGCCUAGCAGUUUAUUUAUCCUGAAGCAUCACUUUUGAAAAGUUACAGACAUUUAAGAAGUAUUUACAUUAUCAUAAAUAAAUUACAUGUGCAUUUAAAGAGGACAGAAGAGUAUAAAGAAAAAUAUCUCACCAAACUCAUUCAUAAUUCCAGCACUAAGGGAAAACCACUGCCAAUUUCUCAUGUUCUCCCUUCCAGUUUCUUCUCUGUCCAAAUUCAACAAAGUCAAAAUCACAUUUUGUUCAGUCACGAAUCAUAUGAUAUUAUUUCUACCAUUUUUCAUUUAACAUUACAAGUUGUUCUCCUGUGUUGUUAUUUUUUCUGUACACAUAAUUUUAAUGGCAGAGUUAUUCUGCUUUAUAUCUUUUCCCUAUUUUUAUGUAUAUAGAAUUAUAAAAUUUUAAAAAAUGUAAUCAUCAUUUAUAGUUUAAU